AUGCUGACGAAAGUUGUGUUCCUCUUUUUUUGGAGCAGGUCUGACUCAACUAAAAAGCUAGCUGCAUGCAACCACGCUACAUUGGCACACUAUAUCCUGACGCCCGCGCUAUACUCUGACGCCUGCGCUAUAUAUUCUGACGUCUACUCCAUAACUAUUAUAGUAGUGGCCACUGUUGUUCGUAACCCGGCGCGGUGUUCGCUCCGAGCACGAAAAUUCUGUCGUUUAUUCUCUUCCUUCUUCCAGUUCCAUUACUUAAAGGAGCUGUUUUAUUUCAUUCGAAAGCCCGAUGACAAAUUCUCCUCUUUCAUAUAA